AUGUCAAUACGCAGAGCUGUUAGGACCAGCCUUGGAGGCGUAGCUCUACUCUCCGAGUAUCAGCAAGUGCAGAGCGAGGGAAAGGCUCAGAUUCAUUUAAAGGGGAGCACUGCAGCGUGCAGAAGUUUUAACGAGAGGAGAAGAAGUUAUCCUUCAGUUUAUACUGAGAGAAAACGAAACUGAUCUUUGGAGAGGACGAGACUCCAGCAGAGAGGAAGGAAUCAAAAUCAGGUAGGCAGCUUUGAUAAACUGAAGUGGUGCAGAAGUGAGUAUACGAGCAGUUUCUCGGCUUUCUAAAACUCAAGGGAGCUGCUGAGAUGCUCGAUACCUGCGACUGCCUGAGCUUAUGCAUGGAAAAAAAUAUUUAGUUCUAAAUCAGCUUUUAGUUUCACUACCAACACAACGGGAUAAAGUUGUUUUUAAAAUAUGUAAAUUCACAGGAGUGUUAAAAAUCAUAUCAGUGACUUUUACAGUUCUCCAUCUUCCCGGCGCCUCUCUGUGCUGUUUAUUUGCCUCCGGUUUAAACACGGAGUCAGGCUACUGUAUACUGAGCCGACAUCAGAUAAGAGAAGUUGGUUUCCAGCCUGAUAUAAAUCAACAAUGACAACAAAGACAUUGUGUGUGUUUUCCGUCAGCUGAAGUCUGGAUCUGACGCCGAUCUGGUCUUUUUUUCCUCUCUCUCUCUGCCUAAAGACGCACAAAGCAACUUUUUCCAACAUUUGUUUACGACGCGAAACCCCGUUCAAAAGAGCAAAUAUUUUACUUAUCUGAGCAGAGACUGACAGGAAAAACUUCUAACAAACAUGCUGCACCUGCACUAUUCUUGUCGACGACAUUAGCACAUGAAAAUGAGGCCCGAUCGCUUUUAUUUGUGUGUAUUGAGUAACAAAAGACGUUUUGAGCUAAUUUGUAACUGGAUGCUCACGGAUUGAAAAGAGUCGAAACAGUGUGGGAGAGAGAGAGAGAGAGAGAGAGAGAGAGAGAGAGAGAGAGAGGUGGACUCCUCGUGCUGUCUCUCUUAUCUGAUGCUGUGGGUGUUAAAAGGUUAAUUAGCUUGAAGCCUGUGGGGUUACCUGGCACCUUCAGGUACUUUCCAUAUAAUAUGAAGGGAAUUAGACAGAGACCAUUGUGAAGGAUUAUCUCGGCAUAGUAAAUCCCUCGAUUGGAAUGAGGAGCGCCUUCCAGUGUCAAAAAAUAAUGGAAGUAAAAUUACAUCUCAGGGUUCUGACAUUUUUUUGAAUUUUUCAUCACAGGCACAUGUGGAAGAGGUAUUAAACCAAUUAUUGUGAAUAGAGAAAGCAACACCUGAUUGUCAAAGGGAUUGAAGUAAAAUCUCUGUCAGGCCUGAAGGGAAGUACAGAGUCUUUGUCUGUGAAUAUGUUAUUUUGUUCUGCAGUUCUCCAUUAAUAGAUAAAACAAUGAGGCUGACGUUGUUCCAGGCUAAUCUAGUGAAUUAAUACUUAAUUAUAGAGGUUUAAAACAGCAAUAGUUGUAUUGAUGCAUUAUGAUGUUGCACCUUUAGCUAUUUUGCAUGCUAUGAUGUGUUUUAAUCUGUAACAAUGCACAGUAUUUUACAGCUAUGUUUAUCCAUUGGGUUUGCAUACGAUUCCAAAUUCAGUAGAGUGGAAGUCUUAGGUCACAAAAAAUGAAAACACGACAAGUAGGGCUGGGCGAUAAAAUGAUAACGAUAUAUAUAUUGAAAAUUAAUUUCCCUCGAUAUCAUUGUAAAACAUGGUCAAUAUGCUUUUUGGUAGUCGUCUUCUUCUGUUGAGUUGCUCUGAGUCCACUUUGCUCUGAACCAAUCAUGUGCUGAAUUAGAAACAAGUAGCAAACAACUGCGUCGUAGCAGGCUGCAGCUACACGCAACCAUGGCAGUUUAACACAUGAAGCUGACAGCACUGUCACAAAAAGAAAAUGAAUGCAACCCCCCGCAGAAAUGCAGAUGAAGGCUCCAAAGAUGACAGCAUAGUCAAUAGCAUUGGCACGAAAGCGUCAGUAUUGUGGAGGUAUUUUGGUUUUUUGAGGUCCGACAUGAAGCAGAGUCCAUGUUCUAGCAAAGUUGCGGAAUACCUCAAAUCUUUUUCACCACCAUUCAGUCCGCUUUCUCUAGUGCCACGCCUUACGACAAAACGUCAAAGAGACACGAAGACCUCACAGAUGCAGUAUUGCAUUGCAAAAGACAUGCUACCAGUAAGCACUGUUAAAUUUCACUUUUUAUAUCAUGAUAUAUAUCGAUAUCAACCGAUAUGAAAAAAAUAUAUCCUGAUAAACUUUCUCCCAUAUCGCCCAGCCCUAACAACAAGUAAACUGAUAGCAGACACAAAAGCAGACAUAACACACAAAAGACAGCAGCACAUCCUAACAAGUUCCAGGUGUCCUUGUGUAUAAUUGUAUCAACCCUGCCUUUUCUUUCAUCCCCCCUCUCUGACUUUGUGCCAAUUAUCCUAUAUACAGCACGGCUCUCCUACACAGACAGAUGUCUAACACGCUCACAUUUCACUGCUUUCCGCCGUGCUGUGUCACCCAGUGGUCAGCGACCCUGGUCUUAACCUCGGUCGGACCGUUUUGCAGGCGUCAAGCCUCCUGCUGAUCUCUGCACACAAUUCACUCUGUGGGCGUACGAGUCAGCCAGGGGCAACGGCGGGGUUAAAUCGCUCGUGUUCUGGUUUUGAUCUAUUACCUUUCACCUCUGAUCCUUCACACUGCGGCAGGCAGCCAGUUAGGGGAGCUGAAAGAGACAUCACAGAAAAAAAACACAGGGAAUGCAGACAGAGUUGAACUUCUUAGUGGCCUGUUAGGCUCAAAAGAGUCAUUCUGGCAUGCAGAGCUGCUCCAGUUUACCGCCUCUGUGAUCUUGCAUAUUGCUUCAGUCACCUCUCAAGCAUUAAUGCAUCCUGUAUUAAAAAUCGUGUGCAUGUGUCACGGAUAUAGGAUUCAGAUGUUGUAAAAAUGACGUAUGGAGGUUAUAAGCCUCUUUUUUUUGCUUUGAUCACUUGAGUGGUGACAGCCUCUCUCACUCUCUCCACUGAGACCAGAAGAAAAACAAGAUUUUUUAAAACUUUAACAAGGAAAACAUUCUUUAACGUGGCAUCAGGUUUCCCACCCUGACCUGUGCUCUAUCUUGGAAUGCUCGCAAUGCUCCGGAAAUACACCCUGUUUGGAUUUCUCUAUCCCACUUCCUUAUGUCUAAUCUGCUGCUCUUUGCAGGCCGAGCUAGUGUAAACAUUUAUUGUACUGCCCUUUGACUGCACAUCAAUCACUGAGAACUUCUAUGUUUGUGACACAGCAACAGAGAGCCUCUAUUAACUCAUGAAAGCAGUGUUUUAACAAGUUAACCACAUUAAGAUUCUUCAGGAUCUGGUGGCAUACCACAAGAGGCUGUAUGUUUUAUUAGCUCAGCGCAGUUCAAGUCCACAUGGUUAAAAUAAGCCAGACUUUAUAUGAGAGAGUAUUGCUCCAUGAAUAUGAGAGCAGAAAAAGAGGCAGUGGUUUGGAGAUUGAUCUUUAUCCAGAUGGAUAUAUGCUGCAUGCAAAGAAGUGAUGAUUUAUGUCUUGUUUUUGCAGGAUCUAACCCGGUCAGAGGUUGUUAGUGGUCCUCUCCCACCGUGGAAAAAUGAGUCUGAGCACCAGUGAGCUGGAGGACCUCUGGGAGUCGUUUGGAGACCUCAACUUUUCCUUAACCUUUAGCAACAUAUCCAGCGUGGAUGCGAUGGUGUGUGCGACAGCCUUCAACCGCAGCGCCCUCCUCUACUCCAUGUGCGUCCUCUACACUUUCAUCUUCAUCGUCGGUCUUGCUGCUAACGCUCUGGUCCUCUGGGUAAACAUCCGCGCACAAAGAGACUCCACCCCCCGCCAUGAGACGCACAUGUACAUCGCUCAUCUGGCAGUGGCCGACCUGUGUGUGUGCGCCACCCUGCCUGUGUGGGUGAGCUCGCUGGCCCAGCAUGGACACUGGCCCUUUGGCGAGGUGGCGUGUAAGCUCACACACCUGUUGUUCUCCGUCAACCUCUUCGGCAGCAUCUUCUUCCUGGCCUGCAUGAGCGUGGACCGCUAUUUUAGUGUGACAAAGCACGCGGACAGCGAGGGAGGCGCACGCAGGAAGCUGAUUCGUCGCGGGAUGUGCGUAGGGGUGUGGCUUCUGGCUCUUGUCGCCUCCCUCCCGGACACCUACUUCCUGCGUACUGUGAAGUCCACCCACGGGGACGCCAUGCUGUGCAAGCCUGUAUACCCGGAGGAGAACCCCAGGGAGUGGAUGGUGGGCGUGCAGCUGAGCUUCAUCCUGCUGGGCUUUGUUCUCCCUUUCCCUGUCAUUGCGGUGUUUUACGCCCUGCUAGCCAGCGCUUUCACCCGCUCCUCCUCUUCCUCACCCUCUUCUUCAGUGGAGCAGGAGCGGCGUGUGAGUCGCAGGGUAAUCCUGGCCUACAUUGUGGUGUUUCUGGGCUGCUGGGGCCCCUACCAUGCUGUCCUCCUGGUCGAUUCUCUGUCUCAGCUGGGCCUGGUGCCUCUGACCUGCGGCCUGGAGAAUGUGCUCUACGUGGCCUUACACCUCACCCAGUGCCUGUCCCUGCUGCACUGCUGCUUCAACCCCAUCCUCUACAACUUCAUCAACAGAAACUACCGCUACGACCUCAUGAAGGCCUUUAUUUUUAAAUACUCAACGAGGACAGGCUUGGCUCGGCUCAUUGAGACGUCUAACAUGUCUGAGACUGAGUACACUGCUGUUGCUGUGGACAACCCGCCACAGAUCUGAAAGUGACAAUAGCUAUCUUGAACACUGUUUCUAAAUCUGCAAACACAAGUUUCAACCUCUUUGUUUAUAUUUGACUCUGUCCACUUUCAUUUUCAUUGUGUUUGACACAUUAGAUGACAGUUUUAGGAAAUCAAAUCCAUCAUUUUCUGCUUGAAUCAUGUAGAGGAGCUUGACGACAUGCUUGAAGACAAUAUCAACUUUGAUGAUCUGAUUUAAAAGCACUUAGAAGGCAGUUUUACUUUACCAGCUGUUACUUAAAUCAUAUAAAUACUGUCAGUUUUAAAGCCAAAACAGUGAUUGUAAAUGUAAGAAAAUCAUUGCCUGUCCUGUGAGGAUAGAUUGGAGUGUGUGGCUGUUUGUGCGAGUGUGUGUGUUGUGUAUUAAGUGGCAGGCAUUAAGUAUUGUUAGUAUUAUUGUUAAUCUUUUUGUAUCAAGUUGUAUUUAUGUACUGUACAUUGACUCAUUUUGCCUCCUUCUAGUUGUGACUCAAAGUCUUCACACACUGAUGUCUGCUCAGUGCCACACUUCAGACUUUGAUGCCUCACAAUGUCAGUCGAGCCGCAGACACACUCAUUUUUGUUCAGUCCUGCUGUCUCAUUAUGAACUCUAACCUCAGAUUGAAGCUGUGGAGUCAUUCAGACAAGUAAUUUAAAUAAAUGUAGUCAGGUGUUGACGUGUUAGAAAACAAUAUUGAGACCGUGUUCAUGUCCUUGGCAGAGGUGUAAAGCUGUAGCAAGCUAGCGUAAGUGUUUGUUUAAUUAAAAGGGCGAAAAAACUCGGUUGGCUCUGUUCAAAGGUAGUAAAGGAAAAAAUGUCAAGGCUGGGCUGAUUGAGUUUGUUCUGUUAGCUUAGAAGCUAUUUAGCUGAUGUUGGAGUGAUAUGUUGCAAACAGUCAUUACAAAGGUAAUGCACCCCAUUUUAUAAGAAUGGAUAUGAACUCAGUUGAUUGACUUCCAGCUUUUCUCUUUAAUUUAAAUGAUCAAUAAUUAGCCACUGACGAAUAAAACUUCUUUCUUAACUUUUUUCUAAAGGCUUAGACUGUUUGUCAGCUAACAGGACAUUCAGAUCAAAGUUACGUAUCUUGUAAAAAGUCCAUUAUUAUAUUAAGUACUAUACUGUCUCUAUAGUAUGCAUCGGUGCCAAUAGCUGAGAGGACGCACAUGUCCAUGCGGUAUUAAUCUUGCUGUGUCAGCACAUCUGCCGCAGACGGCUGAAACUUUUACGACCAAAUAACUUCGACCAAUAGCUUUACUACUUUAACGCAGGCAGCAGCUGUGGAGGGCAACAACUUAGUGUUUGUAAGGGACCAAAAGACAGUUUCUGUUUAGUUUUGUGUUAAGUUUGUGUGCCAUAGCUCGACACCAAGAGAUGACAUUUAGUGUCACGAACACUGAGUUUUACCAAUGACUCACUGUCUGUUGUAGGAAACAUCAUAUCCUUUUGAUAUGCUGACAUUUAGUCAUGUGAUUGGUUACACAUGUAUGCUUUUACACUGAAAGAUCUCAUGUAGCGAUUAGAGAAGACUGGAGACAUGAACAUGUGUAUACACGAACAGAGGCUUCCCUUUGGUAUUGUAAUAUGGAACAUGUGUUUGUUAUGUAUUAAAGACGUAGAAAAGAAC